AUGGCGGGUUCGGACGAGGUAAACAGUCGUCCGGUGGAGAAUCACGAGAAUGCUAGAAUUCAGCUGACUGGUGCAGAGUUGCAAGCACUGGUGGACAAUGCUGUUACUCGGGCUUUAGAUCGUCAGAACAGAAAAUGCCACCUGUUAUAUUUCGCGGACGAGGAAGGGGAAGACGAGGCCAAGGAGAGAUCGUUACCCGUAACGAUCAUGAAGCUGGACCGUCAGGGAUCGCAGCAGCAGCAGCAACACCCGCGAGAUCCUUCUGAGGACCCGCACUUCGAGGCAGUGACGCCACCGCCUCCCCCACCGACUCAACCAGUAAUGCCCGAUCCGCCAAGGCGAAGAAGAUCAGGCGCAAGAAUGUCUACCCGUGGAGGGGAAUUCCACUUUAGCACCCCUCGACAUUCAAGUGGUAGCCAUUAUCCAUCCGUACCGGAGGAAGGGCCUUCAAGCCCAGCUCAAGAGGUGAACUCAGCACCAGUUGCACAUAAUUCGCCACCAUUUGGGGACGACCGCCCGUUACCUCCGUACGCAACAAACUAUAAUCCGUAUGAGCCAUCAUCACAAGCGCACUACAACUACAACUACGAGCGCGACCCCUAUGUGGUAGCGGCCAGGUAUGACGCCCGCUAUCCAGACAGAGCUCAUGGACCUCCAAGAGCGCCAGACUACUUAGCUCAUGGGUAUCCAACGCCACCAAGACCUCCAGUUCCUCAACCACAACCACGUUUCUCUCCCCCUGAGUAG